AUGGAGAAAUGGCAGUGUGUGGAAGAUGCCAGUGGGAAGCUCAAAUUGCACAAGUGCAAGGGAAUGAUGAACUUGGCAGGCAACAACAAAGGGACUUCCAAUCUUUUGCCCAAGUACUACAGCAGGAAUAGUGAAGACUGCAAUUGUGAAGAGAAUGAGUACAAGCUGAGCCACACAGGACGGAGAAAGAAGCUGUUCUCCAAGAAGAAAUACAAACCAAGCUAUGCCCGGAAUCGCUCUACCCGCUCUGUAUCUGUUGAGCUGAACGGGGCUGCUUUUAACUUGGGUUUAGAGGAUGGAUACCAACCUGUCUUACCAAGAAACAUCACCAAGCGACACAAGAUGCAGAGGGCUCUUCUUCGCGAGGAGGAAGACAAAGACAUGGCUGAGUACAGUGGCACUGGAGGCAUUGCAGAGUAUGCAGCCCCAAACCUAAUAAAAGUGACACACAGGUGCUACAUCCUGGAGAAUGACACCGUUCAGUGUGACACCGAUCUGUACAGGUCGCUGCAAGCGUGGAAGGACCACAAACUUCAUAUUGACCACGAGAUUGAAACUUUGCAAAAUAAAAUAAAAAACCUGAGGGAGGUGAGAGGACAUCUGAAAAAGAAGAGACCCGAGGAAUGUGACUGCAACAAGAUAAGUUACCAUUCAAAACACAAAAGCAAACUGAGGCACAAAGGAUCUAAUCUUCACCCUUUCAAGAAAGCCCUACAGGAGAAAGACAGGCUGUGGCUGCUUCGAGAGCAAAGACGAAAGAAGAAACUGCGCAAACUGCUGAAGAGAAUAAAAAACAAUGACACAUGCAGUAUGCCUGGCCUGACCUGCUUCACCCAUGACAACCAGCACUGGCAAACCGCGCCCCUGUGGACAUUGGGUCCUUUCUGUGCUUGUACCAGUGCCAACAACAACACAUACUGGUGUUUGAGGACAAUCAACGAGACCCACAACUUCCUGUUCUGUGAAUUUGCUACUGGAUUUUUGGAGUAUUUUGAUCUCAAUACUGACCCAUAUCAGCUAAUCAAUGCAGUCAAUACGCUAGAUAGGGAUGUUCUCAAUCAACUGCACGUCCAGCUCAUGGAACUAAGAAGCUGCAAAGGAUACAAACAGUGCAAUCCAAGAACUAGGAACAUAGAUCUGGGACUUAAAGAUGGAAGCUACGAGCAGUACAGGCAGUUUCAGCGUCGAAAGUGGCCAGAUGUGAAGAGACCAUCAUCUUCUAAGUCACUAGGACAACUGUGGGAAGGAUGGGAGGGCUAACUGCCUCAACUGCUGGACCUCAGCAAGGAUAUGAACUGGCCAGAACUUGAAUUCGUGUACAGACUAAGCAAAAAUGUGUAUGAUUUCAGAAGAAUUUUAAUGUUAGCCUGGAGGACUGGAUGAACUCGGAGGCCAAAAUAGAUAGUGUUUGCACUGGUGAGUGAAUUAAAUAGAUGAAGUGAAAUUACAGGAACCUGCUGCCAGGAAUACAGGUCUCUUUCAGAUCCACUCUUGUACCUGCUUUUUGCUUUGGAUUAUACCUCACCUGCUGCACAAGGCUUUUUACUUCAAGAAGACACCACUAACUCUGUUCCAGGAAUUGACAGAAGAGGAAAUACAGCUGCAUCCCAAAGAGGAUUGCCAUCCCGGUGGGCAAAGUGUCCUCAAAGACAGUGGAAGCAAACUAUGUUUCAGUGCAACUAUACCUUUGGAUGUAAGCAGACAAAUUUCAAAGCCAAGUAUAUCAUGGACACUUCUGCUUCCAACAGGGGUAAAGUUAACAGUGAAAAAAAACCUCAUAAGAGAUUCAGGAAUUCAAGUGAGAAGCACUGAAUAUUCUCAGUACCGUGGUAUCUCUCAAAUUUCCUCCUCUGAGGAUAUGUUUUAGUUCCACAUCUACUUGUCCAUCCUAUUGACACCUCUAGGAAAAUUAGAGAAAAUCUCAACUAACAGGAUGUCAUAUUUUUGGAGGGGUUGUGUAAAUAUUCAUCAGCAUACUGUUUAAAAAUAAUUUCCUUCAGGUUGUGAAGAAUUUUGUUAAUAAAAGUGUGGAAUGCCCACAUACCAUUUCUCAAAAUGUUACUUAAUGUUGCAUAGCACAUUUCAGAAUUCAUCUGGUUUUAGAAGUACAGAAGUUUCAGUAAAUGUACAUCCUACAUUUUAAUGAAAUCAAAUUUGUAUCAAGUUUUUUCGUGGGUAGUAUUAUAUUGUGUGUUCAAGACAAAACAAUUCAUUUGAGAAAGGAACAUUUGCUUAGAAGUGCAAAUUUUAGACUUAUUUUUUAAAAAAGGCUUCUCUGAGAAGUUCAAAAUCACAACCAAUAACUUAUAAUCUAGUUAUAGUUUCAGUCUACAGUAGAUGUUCUCAAUGAAAGUUAUUGCUUAAAAGCUUAUAAAAGAAAAAAAUCCAUCAUUUUACUAAGGAAGCACAGUGUACAGAGUCUAUUUGAAUAUCUUUGUAAUGAUGUUAUUAAAUACACUGUAGUACAGGCA